AUGCUGCAAUGGCUGAAGAAGGGGUCCCUUUGCCGAGCUCUCCUCCAGCGUUCUCAUACUGGCAGACAGAGUCACUUCUUUGGGACGCCGGACUUCUCAGCUCUUCAGGCCUUCCAUGUAGUUGCAUCCAGCGAUCAGCGUCAGAUCCCUGUAAUUGCUGUAUCUGUUACUGUGGGAGUGAUUCUUUUGGCUGUUGUAAUUGGUUUCCUUCUCAGCGGAAGGCGGUGUGGCUAUAGCAAAGCUAAACAAGAUCCUGAAGAAGAAAAAAUGCACUUUCAUAAUGGCCACAUUAAACUACCAGGAGUAAAGGCCUAUAUUGAUCCACAUACCUAUGAAGACCCUAAUCAAGCUGUCCAUGAAUUUGCCAAAGAAAUAGAAGUGUCAUACAUAUCAAUUGAGAGAGUUAUUGGAGCUGGUGAAUUUGGUGAAGUAUGCAGUGGGCGCUUGAAAAUUCCUGGGAAAUGUGAGUUGCCGGUGGCCAUUAAAACCCUGAAAGUGGGCUACACUGAGAAACAAAGACGGGAUUUCUUGGGAGAAGCAAGCAUAAUGGGGCAAUUUGAUCAUGCCAACAUAAUACACCUGGAAGGCGUGGUAACAAAGAGUAAACCAGUCAUGAUUGUAACUGAAUAUAUGGAAAAUGGAUCCUUGGAUACAUUUUUAAAGAAGAAUGAUGGGCAUUUUACUGUAAUUCAAUUGGUUGGUAUGCUCCGAGGAAUAGCUUCUGGGAUGAAGUAUUUGUCUGACAUGGGAUACGUACAUAGAGACUUGGCUGCCAGAAAUAUCCUAAUCAAUAGUAAUUUAAUGUGUAAAGUGUCAGACUUUGGACUUUCUCGAAUUCUUGAAGAUGAUCCUGAAGCUGCUUACACAACAAGAGGAGGAAAAAUCCCAAUUCGAUGGACUGCUCCUGAAGCUAUAGCCUUCCGCAAAUUUACCUCUGCCAGUGAUGUCUGGAGCUAUGGGAUUGUGAUGUGGGAAGUAGUGUCCUAUGGAGAGAGACCAUACUGGGAGAUGACCAAUCAAGAUGUGAUUAAGGCUGUUGAAGAAGGUUAUCGUUUGCCAAGUCCCAUGGACUGCCCAGCUGCUCUCUAUCAGCUAAUGUUAGAUUCCUGGCAGAAGGACCGAAAUAGCAGGCCCAAAUUUGAUGAAAUAGUCUGCAUAUUGGAAAAGCUCAUUCGGAAUCCCAGUAGCCUGAAAACAUUAGUGAACACAUCAAGCAGAAUUUCAAAUUUAUUAGGGGAACACAGCCCACUUGGAAAUGGUGUCUACAGAUCUGUAGGUGAAUGGCUGGAAGCCAUCAAAAUGGGACGGUACACAGAGAUUUUCAUGGAAAAUGGAUAUAGUUCCAUGGAUGCUGUGGCUCAGGUGACACUGGAGGAUUUGAGCCAUCUUGAAAUCACACUUGUUGGGUACCAGAAGAAGAUAAUGAACAGCCUUCAAGAAAUGAAGGUCCAAAUGCAUUCAUCUCACUUUCUAAGGUUGUCGCCUCAUAUAUAGCAAACAUCUGCUUCCAAUUCAUUGCCUCUCAGUAGAACUUAAUGGAUUUCUGUAUCUGUGGCUUCAAUGUUUAUAUGUCCUUUCUCAACAAUUGCUGAAUAUUAAAAUGGAAUAUCAACAUCAGGAAAGAAAAGCCUAGCGUGAGAAAUGCUGCUGAUGCACAAAAUGAUGGUAAUUGUAGAUGUGCAAAAAGGCAAAAUGCCCCAGCUUUGAAUUUGAUACCAGCUGCACAGGUGCCAAACGCUCAAGACCCUUUGAAUGUCAGGCAGCCCCUGUAGCUCAGAACAGACAAAAAGACCUGCCAUAUAUAAAGGCUACCUGGGCUGGACUGGGACUGACUAUGUCUUCCUGUUGCCAGGACCCAGUUUAGUUAAAAAUAACAGUGUUGUUCCCAAGUAGGUAAAGACUGAUAUUACUUGACCAAAGAUGGAAGAAAAUUAAAUAAUAGCAUUGGAUUUAGAGUUGGAAUUAGAUGUGUUAUUGCUGAUUGUUACUGAAAAAUGACAUGGGUAAGUAAUGCCUAGAUAGGAAAGAUUUCACAUGCAAAAAUUCCUGUCUGGAUCCAAGAUCCAAGAUCACAUGACUGAUUAAAAAUUAUCAAAUAUCCUGUCCCCAAAGCCCAAGGGAACAACCAGAUCCUUGAAACUUUCUUGAAGGCUAAUAAGUUGGAGCCAGUUAAAUCUCAUAACAAAAGAUUAAUCACAUCUGAUAUUGAACCCUGUGAUUUUUUUUAAGAAAAAUAUUUUAUAUCUUUCUUACAUUUUAAAAAAUCUUCCUACAGCAACUCAUCUGCACACAAAACAUAGUUCUGCCCAAUGGCAUCUAUUGAAGUGAAAAGUAUGUAAAGAUGCUGGCCCCCAUCCUGUAGAUUUAGAAACCUUUUAAUUGCUAAGGAUUCCUAGGAGAUUUUAAAGAUGUAUUUUAGUAAUAUAAACAGUGGUCACUCUCUCAGUCUCUCAAAUCAUACAUUCUAAAAGCCCCUUCUUGUUACAGGCAAAGUAACGAAAGGGAAUGGAAGUCCUCAGAAAGUGAUAUCUGAGAGGAAUAUUGAUGGAGUGCAAAUGAAAUAUUGAUGGAGUGCAAAUGAAACUUAAAACUUUUCUUCAGUUAUUCUUUAUAAGGAAUGCUGGAUUGCCUCAGUUUAAUGGCUGGAUUAGCCCAGCAUCACAGAUCAUGUAACCAAAUAUCAUAUCCAUUUGAUAAAAGUUCUUUCCUAUGGUUAUAAGGUUUUGCUUCUUCAACUAUCCAGGGAUGAUCAUAAAGUUUGGAGCUUUCCAUUGGUUUAAUUUUCAUAGAAAUGCUGGACAAUGAUUGUGAUGAAAUAAUGAUUUCUCUGCCUUUCAAUGCCAAGUGAAUUAAAUUUUUCUCAGUUGUUGAUCUGAUAGCCAAGUUCAAGGAGACAGGUAAAAUAAGUACAUUGCAACACAUUGUCUUGUUGUUGGGACAUUAUAAUGUAUUUUAGUUAUAUAUUUAAUUAAAUUAAUGUUUUCUUUAAGGUUAAAUAUCAGAUCAAUCUCUGCAAAGUGUGAGUAAUGCUGACAACCAUAGAGUAGAUAUGGUGCAGCAAUGAGCAUUAUUUGUGUAUACCUAAAAUGAAAGAAACAAAUUAUAUAGCAAGAAGUGGGGAAACAGGUAUAUGUAUUAUUAUAAAUUAGUGGCAUGAAAAAUUUGGCUAGAUUACAAACAGCAGGAAGCAAGACAGAUUAAUGUCUAUGUAAUUCAAAUCAAUUGAUUGGUCAAUAUAUGUUCAUAUCCACUAGGGUUUUGAAGGUAGGGCUACCAUGCUUUCUGCCACAAUUAUUACACGGUGAACCUGAAAUACUUAAUAAUUGUGAAUUACAUUUACAGAAAUCUCAAACAUCUACACUGACAGCAUGCAUUUCGUGUGCUUGCAGAGACCCUAAUUCUCUCACCAAACUUCAAGCAGUUUUUGUUUUGAAAUGCCUGCCUAUUAGCCCAGAAUUGCUGGCAUAAUAAGUAAAUUUCAUCAAAACUCCCAAAUUAAUUAGUAUUAAAGGGAUACCUGAAGUGAUAAUACGUUUAUCUAAGAUCAAAUUGGACUACGGUAACUGUAAAUUAAUAAAGUUCAAAAACAGGAUUAGGAUUUAUAGAUAUGUAAUGUAGAAAUGGAUUAUGUUAAAUAGGUUACAGUAUAUUAUUUGAGGGAAAUAGAGAGGGAACAUUUAAUGUAUUUACUCGAGGUAUUAUAUGAUUUUGUUUCUGUUGUAAAAGUUAAAAAACCAAUAAAUUUUUUAUAAAAAAACCUCCCAGAUUAGAGCUCUUGAUUUCUUUAACCUCAGUCUUAAGUUUUUUCAUUUUUCAUGAAAGCAGGGAUUAUCACAAACCCAUAAAUAACUACCAGAAGAGAUAAAAUGAAAAUUCAGUUUGAUCAUCCCAAUGUUUGAUCAUGUAAGCUACCAAAGCCACUCCACAUUGCUCCUGUAUUAAAAAGACUGAGUCAAGAGAUAAUCUUUUGUUCCUCUUCAGCAAUUGGAGUUAGGGGAUAGUGAGCUGAAUAUUUUCUGUGAGUACGUUUCAUUGUUGUUGUUGUUAGUUGUGAAGUCGUGUCUGACUCAUCAUGACCCCAUGGACAAUGUUCCUCCAGACCUUCCUGUCCUCU